CAACAUCAUGUCUGAAGAAUAAAAGCAGGAGAGACAUCCUGAAACGGGGUAGUCACGGACAAGAAGCUUACACAGUCAAGCCAGAAGAUGGAGAAACUCAUACUUUUGAUGGUGAUCUUUGGAACAUGUUGUGCAGCACCCCAAGAUCUUUCAGGUAAAGUGUUUGUCUUUCCAAAGGAGACCAACACUGAUCGUGUAGUACUCAUCACACCUAAAACCAGAUUCAACUCUGUGACCACCUGUCUCAGAUAUCAAUCAGAUCUCAGCAGGACAUAUGGAAUCUUCUCUUUGGCUACACCCACUUUCAACAACGACUUUUUGAUCUUCAAGGGUAAUGCAGAGAGUGACAUCAGCAUGCGUGCUCGGGAUAUGCUCGCAGUCUUCACGUCACUGAAACUUGAUGCCAACACCUGGCACUCUAUGUGUGCUACCUGGGACUCCUCCACUGGGUUGGCUCAGCUGUGGGUGGACGGCAAGGCGACCACCAAGAAAUUUGUCCAAACUGGGGCCAUCACUGGAGCUCCCAUCGCCAUCCUCGGCCAAGAGCAGGACACCUAUGGCGGAGGCUUCGAUGCAAAGCAAUCAUUCAUAGGUAUGAUUACUGACUUCCACAUGUGGGACACUGUCAUCCCCACCUGUGAGAUCAGACGCUAUAUGGAAGAUAAGCACUUCAGCCCAGGCAAUGUGUUCAGCUGGAAAGCCCUGGACUUUCAAGUCAAAGGGAAGGUUUUGAUGGAACUGGCAUCUGAAGUUAUGUAACAUGAUGUAUAACUGUGAAUAAAUCACAAGUAAAACAAAUGUUUGAUUCUCUCAAGAAGAUUAAAGUAUCUUCAGAUAAUUACA